AACACCCCACCCCGGUGUCAGGGAGGGAUCAGCUGUGCCAGUCCCGGCAGACCACACACACACACACACACACACACACACACACACACACACACACACACACAGUAUGCUGGCUGACGAACAAAGCCACUGGCACUGCCAAUGAAGACAAGCCAUGCCUCCCUGCUUCGCCUCUCCUCCUCUCUUCUCACGCUGCCGUGAGGGGAAGGCAUGACACCAUUGUCGUCGGCCGUCCUUAUCAGAAACACACAGAAUUUUUUCAGAGGGGGAGUAAGAGCGGCCGUUCGGUCUUCAGCUGAUGGUGGAUUAUUUCUAUCGGUUGUGCCGCUGAUGAGUUGAGAUGCUGGCGGAGCGCAGAGAGAACAGCAGGGCUGCCUUUGCCCUGACAAAGCCGCUCAAGAUGAACAUGGUGAAAAGGAUAAUGGGGCGGCCGAGGCAGGAGGAGUGCAGCCCCCAGGACAACGCCCUGGGCCUGAUGCACCUGCGACGCCUCUUCUCUGAGCUGUGCCACCCUCCUCGACACAUGACCCAGAAGGAGCAGGAGGAGAAGCUCUACAUGAUGCUUCCUGUAUUUAACAGGGUGUUCGGGAAUGCUCCACCCAGCACCAUGACGGAGAAGUUCUCCGACCUGCUGCAGUUCACCACCCAGGUGUCCCGACUCAUGGUGACGGAGAUCAGACGAAGAGCUUCAAAUAAAUCCACAGAGGCGGCCAGUCGAGCCAUAGUCCAGUUCCUGGAGGUGAACCAGAGUGAGGAGGCGAGUCGCGGCUGGAUGCUUCUGACCACCAUCAACCUGCUGGCCUCCUCCGGACAGAAAACGGUGGACUGCAUGACGACCAUGUCUGUUCCCUCCACGCUGGUCAAAUGCCUCUACUUGUUCUUUGACCUGCCCCACAUGGCCGAGGCCCCCGUCGCCCCCCCACCACAGCCGCCACAGCCACCGCCCAACCAGGAGAAGACCCCCGGACAGGGACACCCCCAGCCAGAGCUGCCCCUCGCUGACCGCCGGGCGCUGCUCCAGAAAGUCUUUGUUCAGAUCCUGGUGAAGCUCUGCACCUUCGUGUCUCCGGCGGAGGAGCUGGCCCAGAAGGACGACCUCCAGCUGCUGUUCAGCGCCAUCACCUCCUGGUGCCCCCCCCACAACCUGCCCUGGAGGAGGAGCGCCGGCGAGGUGCUGACCACCAUCUCCAGACACGGCCUCAGCGUCAACGUGGUCAAAUACAUACACGAGAAGGAAUGCCUGGCCACAUGUGUUCAGAACAUGCAGCAGUCGGACGAUCUCUCCCCGCUGGAGAUCGUCGAGAUGUUCGCUGGUCUCUCCUGCUUCCUCAAAGACUCCAGCGACGUUUCCCAGACGCUGCUGGAUGAUUUCCGAAUGUGCCAGGGUUACGCUUUCCUCUGCGACCUCAUGCUCAGACUGGAACAGGCGAAGGAGGACGAGUCAAAAGAUGCUCUGAAGGACCUGGUCAACCUGGUCACCUGUCUGUCCACGUACGGGGUGACGGAGCUGAAACCAGCCGGCCUCACCACCGGAGCUCCCUUCCUUCUGCCUGGAUUUGUUCUCCCACAGCCCUCUGGGAAAGGCCACACAGUCCGUAACAUCCAGGCCUUCGCCGUCCUCCAGAACGCCUUCCUGCGGGCCAAAACCAGCCGCCUGGCCUGCAUGCUGCUGGACGCCAUCGGGAACAUCUACGCCGCCGAGCCGGCCAACUACUUCAUCCUGGAGUCGCAGCACACCCUGUCGCAGUUCGCCGAGCGGGUGGCCAAGCUCCCCGAGGCCCAGGCCAAGUACUUCGAGCUGCUGGAGUUCGUGGUUUUCAGCCUCAACUACGUGCCGUGCAAGGAGUUGUUCAGCGUCAGCGUGCUGCUCAAGUCCAGCACGUCGCACGCCUGCAGCAUCACGUCCGUCCGCACGCUGCUGAAGCUCGCCAGGCACGACCCGGUGUUCAGCGACGUGCUGCGGGAGGUGGGCCUGCUGGAGGUGCUGGUCAACCUGCUGCACAAGUACGCCGCGCUGCUCAAAGACCCGGCGUCACAGCAGCAGCCGCACAAUAACGACCAAGCCGACUGCAAGAACAACACGGUAGCCGAGGAGCAGAAGCAGCUGGCCUGGCUGGUGAUGGAGACUCUGACGGUGCUGCUGCAGGGCUCCAACACCACCAACACCAACGCAGCUCUGUUCAGAGAGUUCGGCGGCGCUCGCUGCGUCCACAACAUCGUGAAGUACCGUCAGUGUCGGGAACACGCCCUGCUCAUCAUCCAGCAGCUCGUCCUGUCGCCCAGCGGGGACGACGACAUGGGAACCCUGCUGGGCCUCAUGCACUCUGCUCCGUCCAGCGAACUGCAGCUGAAGACGGACAUCCUGAGGGCUUUGCUAGCGGUGCUACGGGAGAGUCACCGCACCCGGACGGUGUUCCGUAAAGUGGGCGGCUUCGUCUACGUCACGUCGCUGCUGGUCGCCAUGGAGCGCUCGCUGUGCCAGCCGCCUCGACACGGCUGGGAGCGGGUCAACCAGAACCAGGUGUUCGAGCUGCUGCACACCGUUUUCUGCACGCUGACCGCCGCCAUGCGCUACGAACCGGCCAACUCGCACUUCUUCAGAACGGAGAUCCAGUACGAGAAGCUGGCGGACGCCGUGAGGCUGCUGGGCUGUUUCUCCGACACCAAGAAGCUGGGUCCCACCGGCGUGUUCCCCUCCAACGCUCAGCCCUUCCAGAGGCUGCUGGAGGACGAGGCGGCCGCCGGGGGCUGUGCAGGAGACAGCGUGUGUCCAACGCUCAAACACUGCAGCAAGCUCUUCAUCUACCUGUACAAGAUGGCCACCGACUCCUUCGACAGUCGUGCGGAGCAGGUGCCUCCCUGCCUGACUCAUGAGACCUCGCUGCCCUCGCCGUGGGGCACGCCGGCGCUCGCCAGGAAGAGACAUGGUUACUACGGUACAUCAGGCCCUCCAGCCCCAGUCAAAGCUCUGACCGACCUGAAGCUCCACUUAUCCAACCCCUCCCACCCGGCCUCCUCCUCCUCCUCGUCUUCGUCCGACAUGGUGGUGAUCCACCCGGGGGCCGUUCUGGCCAUCCUGGACCUGCUGCCCUCCGUCUGCUCCGACAGCCAGCCAGAGCAUGCCCUCGACCUGCAGCUGGCUGUGGCCAACAUCCUGCAGCAUCUGGUGAACAGUGAGAGGAACCAGCAGGUUUUGUGUGAAGCCUGCCUCCACCAGCGGCUGCUGCAGCGCUGCAGUCAGGCCCUGGGAGAUGAAGACCACCCGCUGCACCCGCCGCUGCAGAGGAUGUUUGAGAGGCUGGCCUCACAGGCCCUGCAGCCGAUGGCACUCAGGGAGUUCUUGCGUCUGGGAAACCCUCUGAACUGCGGCGCCUGGGACAAGAAGCUCCUGAAGCAGUACCGGGUCCACAAACCGAGCUCGCUGAGCUACGACGCCGAGAUGAGAAACAGCAUGACGAUGUCCAUGGAGGGCUUCGGCCCUGACAGCGUCUUCGCCACGCCGGCGGAGGACAACGGUCAGUACCGCAUCAGCCGCAGCCUGGUUCGCUCCGCCGAGGGCAGCACCGUCCCCCUGACCCGAGUCAAGUGCCUGGUGUCCAUGACGACGCCCCACGACAUUCGCCUGCACGGAUCGGCCGUGACGCCGGCGUUCGUGGAGUUUGACACGUCGUUGGAAGGCUUCGGGUGCCUGUUUCUGCCCAGCCUGGCGCCCCACAACGCUCCCACCAACAACACCAACGCCUCAGGUGUCAGCGACGGAGCAGUGCUCAGCGGGAUGGGGACAGGUGAGCGCUUGUUUCCUCCUCCGUCCGGCCUCAGCUACACCACCUGGUUCUGCGUGGAGCGUUUCAGCGCCGCUCCUCAGGCUCAUCCGGUCCGACUGCUGACCGUCGUCCGCCGGGCGACGUCCUCUGAGCAGCACUACGUCUGUCUGUCCGUGGUUCUGUCGGCUAAAGACCGAUCGCUCACCGUCUCCACCAAGGAGGAGCUGCUGCAGACGUACUCAGCGGACGAGUCGAGUGAAGAAGCCUCCUUCUACGAGAUCCUGCCCUGCUGCGCUCGCUUCCGCUGUGGCGAGCUGAUCGCUGAGGGCCAGUGGCACCACCUGGUGCUGGUCAUGAGCAAAGGCAUGCUGAAGAACAGCAUGGCCACGCUGUACAUCGACGGGCAGCUCAUCAGCACCGUCAAGCUUCACUACAUUCACAGCGCUCCAGGCGGCUCCGGCUCCACCAACCCUCCCGUGGUGAGCACCGUUUACGGCUACAUCGGGACGCCUCCCGCCCAGCGGCAGCUCUCCAGCCUGGUGUGGCGUCUGGGUCCCAGUCACUUCCUGGAGGAGGUCCUGCCCGCCACCAGUGUGGCCGCCAUCUAUGAACUGGGACCCAACAACGUGGGCGGCUUCCAGGCCGUCUACCUGCCCUGUAAAGAUUCAAAGACGGAGGUAGCCCCUGCCACUCCGGUGGCGCUGGUGCCAGAGGAGAAGGUUUCUUUCAGCCUCUACGCCCUCUCAGUUUCUACGCUCACUGUGGCCAAAAUCAGGAAAGUCUACAACAAACUGGACAGCAAAGCCAUCGCCAAGCAGCUCGCCGUGUCGUCUCAUGAAAACGCCACUCCGGUGAAGCUGAUUCAUAACGCCGCCGGCCACCUCAACGGUCCGGCUCGCACCAUUGGAGCGGCUGUCAUCGGGUAUUUAGGCGUCCGUGCCUUUGUGCCCAAACCUGUGGCCACCAACCUGCAGUAUGUGGGAGGAGCGGCGGCCAUCUUGGGCCUGGUUGCCAUGGCGUCAGACGUGGAGGGGCUGUACGCUGCCGUCAAAGCUUUGGUGUGCGUCGUCAAGAGCAACCCGCUGGCCAGUAAGGAGAUGGAGCGAAUCAAAGGCUACCAGCUCCUCGCCAUGCUGCUGAAGAAGAAGCGCUCGCUGCUCAACAGCCACAUCCUCCACCUCACCUUCUCUCUGGUCGGAACAGUCGACAGCGGCCACGAAACGUCCAUCAUCCCCAACUCCACCGCCUUCCAGGACCUGCUCUGCGACUUUGAGGUCUGGCUCCACGCCCCCUACGAGCUCCAUCUGUCUCUGUUCGAGCACUUCAUUGAGCUGCUGACAGAAUCCAGCGAGGCGGCUAAAAAUGCCAAACUACUGAGGGAGUUCCAGCUGAUCCCCAGACUGCUGCUGACCCUGAGAGACACUUCGCUGUCUCAGCCCACUGUAGCCGCCAUUAGCAACGUGCUAAGUCUGCUGCUGCAAGGCUUCCCCAACCCGUACGACCUGCUCAGGUUUGGCCAGUUCAUCUCUUCCACUCUUCCCACGUUCGCUGUGUGUGAGAAGUUCGUCGUCAUGGAGAUCAAUAACGAGGAGAAGAUUGAUGGAGCUAACGACGAUGAUUUCGGCGGCCUCCUUUCAGCGAACCUCAUCCUGCUGAGAAAUCGACUGCUGGACAACCUGCUCAGGUUGCUCUUCACCACCAAAGAGAAGUGCACAGUUAACGCCCAGGCCUGCGAGGAGCUGGUGAGGACGCUGGGCUUCGACUGGCUCCUGAUGUUCAUGGAGGAACAUCUGCACUCCAGCACGGUGACGGCGGCUCUGUGGAUCCUGGUGGUUCUGCUCUCCAACCAGUCCAUCCUGAACCGCUUCAAGGAGGGCCUGUGUGGGGGCGGCUGGCUGGACCACACCGACUCGGUCCUGACCAAUAAGAUCGGCACGGUGCUGGGCUUCAACGUGGGUCGCAGCGCUGGCGGUCGCUCCACGCUGCGGGAGAUCAACCGGGACGCCUGCCAUUUCCCAGGAUUCCCCGUCCUGCAGACGCUGCUGCCCAAACACACCAACGUACCAGAGCUCUACUUCCUGCUCAUGGCCCUGUUCCUGCAGCAGCCAGUCAUCGAGCUGCCAGACAGCCUGCAGGUACAUUUUGACCUGGACUCCAUCUGGACGUUCAUCUUCGGCAUGCCGGCCUCCAGUGGGACGGUGGUGGGAUCCAUCCACAGCGUCUGCACCGAGGCGGCCUUCCUGCUGCUGGCCAUGCUGCGCAGCAUGCUCAACCUGCCGUGGCAGUCGGAGGAGGAAGGUUCCUGGCUGAGGGAGUACCCGGUCACCCUCAUGCAGUUCUUCAGGUACCUUUACCACAACGUACCCGACUUGGGGCCGAUGUGGCACAGUCCUGAGUUCCUGUGUGCUCUGGCAGCCACCGCGUUCCCCUUCAACAUCCGGCCCUACUCUGAAAUGGUGACUGAUUUGGACGACGAGGCUGGAUCUCCCACCGAGGAGUUCAAGGCCUUCGCCGCAGACUCUGGCAUGAACCGCAGCCAGUCUGAAUACUGCAACGUGGGCUCAAAGACGUCUCUGACCAACCAUCCAGCCAAGAAGUACGUCUUUGACUUCAUGAGGGUCCUGAUCAUGGACAACCUCUGCAUGACUCCGGCCAGCAAGCAGACGCCGAUCAUCGACCUGCUGCUGGAGGCUUCUCCAGAGCGCUCCACCAGAACUCAGCAGAAGGAGUUUCAGUCCAACAUCCUGGACGGCGUCAUGGAGCAUCUCCUGGCCGCCGACGUCCUCCUAGGUGAAGACGCCUCUCUGCCGCUCAGCAGUGGAGGCAGUUAUCAGAUUCUGGUCAACAACGUCUUCUACUUCACCCAGAGGGUCGUGGACAAACUGUGGCAGGGAAUGUUCAACAAGGACUCCAAGCUGGUGGUGGACUUCAUCGUGCAGCUCAUAGGACAGUCUAAGCGGCGCUCUCAGGGUCUCUCCCUCGACACCAUCUACCACUGUCUGAACCGGACGGUGCUCUACCAGCUCUGCCGACCCCACAAGACGGUGGCUCAGCAGGUGGCCCUGCUGGACGCCCUGCGGGUCCUAACCGUCAACCGCAACCUGGUGCUCGGCCCGGGCAACCACGACCAGGACUUUGUGGCCUGCCUGGCUCACUGCUUCAUCUGCCUGCACAGCGGGAGCAGCGUGGAGGGCUUCGGCCUGGAGGCGGAGGCCAGGAUGACGACCUGGCACGUCAUGAUGCCCGCGGAGAACGAGGCCGACGCCACGCACAGCCACGAUGUCAGCGAGGGACGUCAGCUGCUUCUGAAGGCGGUGAACCGAGUGUGGACGGAGCUGAUGCACAGCAAGCGUCAGAUGCUGGAGGACAUCUUCAAAGUGUCGCUGCCCUGCAACGACAGAGGUCACGUGGACAUCGCCACGGCCCGACCCGCUCUGGAGGAACCGGCGCUGAAGAGCUGGCAGAACCACCUGGUCCAUGAGAAGAAGUGCAUCAGUCGUGGUGAAGCCGUCGUACCGGCGACUCAGUCGAAACUCUCCAGAGUCAGCAGCGGCUUCGGCCUCUCCAAGCUGACCGGCGUCCGACGCAACAAGAAGGAAAACAGCCUGAACAAGAACAGUUUGUCUGCACAGGAGACUUUCCAGUGGAUGUUUACGCACAUCGCUGUUGUCAGAGACUUGGUGGCCAUGCAGUACAAAGAAUAUCAGGAGCGGCAGCAGAACGCCCUCAAGUACGUGACGGAGGAGUGGGCGUCCAUCGAGUACGAGCUGCUGCGAGAGCGAGGCCUGUGGGGGCCGCCCAUCGGCUCACAUCUGGACAAGUUUGUGCUGGAGAUGACGGAGGGGCCCUGCAGGAUGAGGAAGAAGAUGGUCCGCAACGACAUGUUCUACAUCCACUACCCAUACAUCCCCGAGACAGAGACCAACACCAGCUCAGCUCAGAAACCUCUUCGUUACCGGCGAGCCAUCAGCUACGACAGUAAAGAGUACUACAUGCGUCUGCUGUCUGGAAACCCCGGCAUGUACCAGCACUCUGUGGAGCACAACACCGAGGGAGAAACCACGCAGCACGAGCCAGAGCACGGAGAGGACACCAUCGCUAGAGUCAAAGGCCUGGUGAAAGCUCCUCUGAAGAGAUCUCGGUCCACAGCGGACGGUGCCGACGAGGACAGUCAGGAUCAGCUCCAGGAGCAGCUGCUGGAGUCCGGAGGCCCCGAAGAAGAGCAGAGGACGGACAACACGUCACUGCUGAGGCUGCUGGAGGAAGGAGAGAAGAUCCAGCACAUGUACCGCUGCGCCCGGGUUCAGGGUCUGGACACCAGCGAGGGUCUGCUGCUGUUCGGUAAAGAGCAUUUCUACGUCAUCGACGGCUACACCAUGACCGUGUCCCGGGAGAUCAGGGACAUCGACACGCUGCCUCCCAACUUGCAUGAAGCCAUCAUCCCCAGAGGAGCGAGACAAGGCCAGAGUCAGCUGAAGAGAACCUGCAGCAUCUUCGCCUACGAAGACAUCAAAGAGGUCCACAAGAGACGCUACCUGCUGCAGCCCAUGGCAGUGGAAGUGUUCUCAGCAGACGGCAGGAACUACCUGUUAGCCUUCCAGAAAGGGGUUCGGAAUAAAGUUUACCAAAGGUUCUUGGCUGUGGUUCCGUCGCUGGCCGACAGCUCAGAGUCGGUUUCAGGUCAGAGGCCCAACACCAGCGUAGAACAGGGAUCUGGACUUCUCAGCACUCUGGUUGGUGAGAAGUCAGUGACUCAGAGAUGGGAGCGAGGUGAGAUCAGUAACUUCCAGUACCUGAUGCAUCUGAACACGCUGGCCGGACGCUCCUACAACGACCUGAUGCAGUAUCCCGUGUUCCCCUGGAUCCUGGCCGACUUCGACUCAGAGGAGUUGGACCUGAACAACCCCAAGACGUUCCGUAACCUCGCCAAGCCGAUGGGCGCCCAGACCGACGACCGACUGACACAAUACAAGAAGAGGUACAAGGACUGGGAAGACCCAAACGGUGAAACCCCAGCGUACCACUACGGCACCCACUACUCCUCAGCCAUGAUCGUAGCCUCUUAUCUGGUCCGGAUGGAGCCGUUCACGCAGAUUUUCCUCCGACUUCAGGGAGGACACUUCGACCUGGCUGACCGGAUGUUCCACAGCGUCCGUGAAGCCUGGCUCUCUGCCUCCAAACACAACAUGGCCGACGUCAAGGAGCUCAUCCCGGAGUUCUUCUACCUGCCGGAGUUCAUGCUCAACUCCAACAACUUCGACCUGGGUGCCAAGCAGAACGGCACCAAACUGGGUGACGUGAUCCUCCCGCCGUGGGCCAAAGGAGACCCCAGAGAGUUCAUCAGGGUCCACAGAGAGGCGUUGGAGUGCGACUACGUGUCCGCUCACCUCCACGAGUGGAUCGACCUGAUCUUCGGCUACAAGCAGCAGGGCCCGCCGGCCGUGGAGGCGGUCAACGUCUUCCACCACCUCUUCUACGAGGGUCAGGUGGACAUUUACAACAUCAACGACCCGCUCAAGGAGACGGCAACCAUCGGAUUCAUCAACAACUUCGGACAAAUCCCCAAACAGCUGUUUAAGAAGCCUCAUCCUCCUAAACGGGUUCGCAGUAAAGCUAACGGAGACGUCGCCGGCGUUCCUCCGAGCUCCAGCAGCGACAAGAUCUUCUUCCAUCACCUGGACAAUCUCAGACCUUCUCUAGCUCCUGUUAAAGAGCUGAAAGAGCCCGUGGGGCAGAUAGUUUGCACCGAUAAGGGCAUCCUCGCCGUGGAGCAAAACAAAGUUCUGGUUCCUCCCACGUGGAGCAAGACCUUCGCCUGGGGAUACGCCGACCUCAGCUGCCGUCUGGCCAACUACGAGUCCGACAAGGCGUUGGUGGUGUACGAGUGUCUGUCGGAGUGGGGUCAGAUCCUCUGUGCCAUUUGUCCAAACCCCAAGCUGGUGAUCACCGGCGGCACCAGCACCUCCAUCUGUGUCUGGGAGACGGGAAGCUCCAAGGAGAAGGCCAAGUCAAUCACGCUCAAACAGGCGUUACUGGGCCACACGGACGCAGUCACGUGUCUGACGGCGUCGUCGGCGUACCACAUCGUGGUCAGCGGCUCGCGGGAUCGAACCUGCAUCAUCUGGGACCUCAACAAGCUCUUGUUCGUCACACAGCUCCGUGGACACCGAGCGCCGGUUUCUGCGCUGUGCAUUAACGAGCUGACGGGGGACGUGGUUUCCUGCGCGGGAACCUACAUCCACGUGUGGAGCAUCAACGGCAGCCCCAUCGCCAGCGCCAACACCUUCACCGGACGCAGCCAGCAGAUCCUGUGCUGCUGCGUGUCGGAGAUGAACGAGUGGGACACGCAGAACGUCAUCGUCACCGGGCACUCGGACGGCGUCGUCAGGUUUUGGAGGAUGGAGUUCCUGCAAGUCCCAGAAACCCCUGCUCCAGAGCCGGUAGAGCCAGAUGUGCCCGACUGCUGUGACGAGAAGAUCGAGGGUGGCGAGAGUCACAACGGUGACGACGACAGCAGCGAGUCCGACGGAGAUGAACCCUGUCAGGAGCCCAGAGCGCCUCGAAACCCGUCGACAGGUGGAGGCAGCCAGCCGGGCAGCACCGUCCACAGACCCAGAGGUCCGUCAGCUCGAACCGGAGCUUCCUGGUCGAUGGACAGCGGCUCCGACGACUCCCACCGCUGGUCGGACACCCUCAGCAUCGACGAGAAGGACGGAUUCGUGUUCGUAAACUACUCCGAAGGCCAAACUAAAGGCCCUCACCCCCACCCGGUUCACCCGGGUCAGGCCUCGGUGCCUCAGCCUCUCCACCCGAGCACCAUGGAGGCCCGCACGUACAACCAGCUCAGGGCAGGCUACAGAUGGGAGCGCCAGCUGGUCUUCCGGAGCAAACUCACCAUGCACACGGCGUUCGAUCGCAAGGACAACGCUCACCCGGCUGAGAUCACCUCCCUCGCCAUCUCCAAGGACCACAGUAAGAUCCUGGUGGGUGACGGUCGUGGUCGGGUGUUCAGCUGGUCGGUCAGCGAUCAGCCCGGCCGGUCGGCGGCCGAUCACUGGGUGAAGGACGAGGUGGUGGACAGCUGCUCCGGCUGCACCGUUCGCUUCUCCCUGACCGAGCGACGCCACCACUGCAGGAACUGUGGGCAGCUCUUCUGCCAGAAGUGCAGUCGCUUCCAGUCGGAGAUCAAACGUCUGAAGAUCUCGUCACCGGUCCGUGUUUGUCAGAACUGUUACUACAACCUGCAACACGAGCGAAGCGUCGAGGACGGCAGCAGAAACUAGACGACCCAAGAAGAAGAAUAAAAACCUCCCGAGGAGCUUUUCCAUUUCCUCCGUCUGCUUCGUUUGUUCCCUCAGCACCUCCAAACACGACUCCAACACCAGAACUUUCUCCUCUAUCGUUGCUGAAACUCACCGAAGCAGGAACAAGAUGGAGAAGAGAAAACACUUGAACCACCUGGAGGAGCUACAAAAUCACCACCGGCUUCGAGAUCCAGAAUUCCACCGCAAGAUCUGCAGAGAAUAAACUUGUUAAUAGUGUAAAUAGCGACCAUGGCCUUUUUAACUCCGAGAGGAACCAACACAGAACAAAAAUUAAAGGUCACUGAGGAUAAAAAAUACAAAACAACAACUUGCCUGUAACAUAGCGAUGUGAACUAACCACUCCUGGCUUUAAAAAAUCGAUUGUGUGUCGGAGGAAGAACAGGAAGGAAGGGAGGGAAAUGAAUGUCAAUACUAAACGUCUGUGGGUUCGUUAGUGGCUCUAGUUAUGCAAAUUUACUUCCUUUUCUUUCUGAUUUUGUCGUUUACAGAAAUGUGAGUUGUUUUGUGUGAAGCCAUCGGCACCACAGAGAUUCACCGUCGUCCUCUUUUAGGUUUUUUUUGCCAAAUUCUUUUUUUUUUUUUUAACUCUAUCACCUGUUCUGUCUUGUAUUUGAAUCCUUAUCUGGAGAUUUUAUGUUUAUUGUUGCUGCUGCUUUCUGAAAACUGGACAUUUCAGAUUUUAUUUUCCAACCAUAUCGCUCCGUUUGCUCAGAGAGGACCGAGUCGUCUGCGUAAGAAGUAAUCCGGUUAAGAAAAACUCGUCUGUUGUUGUUUCUGUGCAGCGGCUGCUUGGAUGCACAAAGAAAAGGGAAUUUUUAGUUUAUCUCGCUCACGUUUGCUGGACUUUCCACACGGCGGCAUUAUCACGGAAAGCACCUUUAAAAUGUCCACUUGAUGAAAUUCAAAGCUCUGAUUUUAAAAUAUCUCCACGUUUUGUCACUGAAGUCAAACACGGAGCUGCAGUCGACCGUUUUUUUUAUUUUUAGAUCACAUUCGUAGCAUUAAAUCCACUUUAUGGUUUUGUUUGUAACGCUAGCUGGUUAGCCCAUUAGCUGAGGAGAAAUUCUGUAUAUUGUGGCGACAUUUUACUCUGAGAGCGUUAAAUCAGCUUCAUGUUGGUAAAGCAAAGCGUAAAACAUACGAGGCUCGUUUAUUUUCUGUCUUAACCCUCUGAACUUCGAGUAGUUUCACGUUUUUGUCACAUUUUUACUCACUGUUGGUUCGUUUUUCACUGCAAUUUAAAGUCCUGCACCUCUGUGGAAACAAACCAGGACUAGAAGGAGAUUUCACAAAGAUGAUAAAAAAACUGGAAUUAUGAAUACUGGGAAAAAAUGUGGCUUUUAUUUUGAAUUUGUUCUAUGCUUGUCUUUUGUCUUUCCUGUGGAAACACUGCCUGCAGUUCAUCCGAAUAGUUCCUGAAUUUUUUGUGAGAAGAGUUUUGGUCACAGCUGAGUCAGAUGAAGCUCCUCGGUUGCGAUGAAUUGUGCAGAAUUUUUAUUUUUUUACAGAAUCUGGUUACUGCUUGUUGUUCUUUUUUGGCUUUUUUUUUUUUUUUUUUUUUUUUAGAGACAUAAAAUGAGUUUAGCGUAGAUUUGGUAAAAAUUUCCAAACCGAGCGCUACGUCACAUUUCAUUCUGUUUUUCCUUGUUUUUUCUUUGAUAAGUUGUGAUGUUUUGUCAGUUUUGAAAAGAAAAUCUUUCUCUCAGACCUGCCGGCAGGUUUUUUGGGGGGGUUCAGAGGGUUAAAAAUGCAGAAUUUUCUCUCCUAAUUCGUCCUAUCAAAUUGAACUAAAUCGUCAGAGAAUCCUGAAAUAAUGUCAAUUUACAGAAGAUAGUCUCAAAAUAAAUGUGUAAAAUAUACACAAAAAUAAACUACAUCCUGUUGUCUUGGCUGUCAUGUAAUAAUAUCCGUUUUAAAAUCAAAUAUGUACUUUUUUUCAUAAUUCUGAUAUAAAAUCCAUAUUGAAGCUUUGAGGAGGCUUUUAGCUCAUUUCUUCUGAUAUGUUGUUGAGUAAAGAUGAAUUUAGCAGCAAGUUUUCUACCGACAAACACAAAUCUAUGAGGUUUAAGUUGUGCAAAAAUAAAUCAAAAUACAAAACAAAGGUCACAUCAGUAACUUCUACUGGUCAAAUAAUGCAAGAAGAGAUGUAGAGAGUCCAUUAUCAAGGUUUUUAAAUGAAUUGUGCUUAAAAACAAGUCUAAUAUUCAAGGUUUUUCCUUCAUAAAGGAUUUUUUUGGGCAGAAGCAACUAGUUUUGUUGAUUGAGGCUUCAUUUAUUGAAGCAUUACAGACAAUUUUAGCUUAAAACGAUCAGAAAUAACAGAAAAAUGCAGAGAUUUCUGUUCCGAAUUAAGAAAAACUCAGAUUUUUCAUCCAGUUUGCAGUUUUAAUUUAAAAUAAUUCCUGUUGAAUUCAUUUAAAUCACUACAAACUGUGUUUAUGUUGAGUUAUUUAGUAUAAAUGUGGCAUCGUAGAACCCAAACUGCAGCUCAGAUUGAAAAGAAAGAAACAUGAAUGCAAAAUAAUGACGCUAUAAAUCUAAAAUCCGACGCCUCGUCUGUUUUUCUGUUGAUUUAAGGGACUUUAAAAGUGAAUAAUUUGUCGCCACAGGUGCAUUUUUAACUCGUGUAGAAAGUGUUGUAUGUGAAGUUGUCAUUAAUUAACUUUAUUUACCGACUCUGUGGGUGAAAAAUGUGCAUUCAAGUGCUGCUUUUCUUUCCUCAUUUCCCCGGAGAAAUCGUCUUUAUCUCGGCGUCCGUGUUCCACAGAGAACGUUCCUCUUCCCACGUUGUAAAAUAAGACGGUAUGCGCUCACGUUGUCGUCUCCGUACUGUAACUCCAGCGUGCAAUCGGGCCAUCCAGCUGAAAAAAAAGAGGCUUCUAUCAAUCAGCAGCUCCUUUGUUUUGUUGUUUUUUGCACCGUCACGUGUACAAAAUAAAUAAAAAAUAAAGAAGUCGAGAGGAAUCGCAGGUUUUUAUCGAAUGCAGUUUCGGCGGGAAGGCGGCGGAGAAACGAACUGUACAAAGUAUUUAUGCAAUUAUAACUGGUUUUAGAUUUUUUUAAUGAUUAUUAUUGCGAUUUCAGCAAGUUUUGUUACUUGUUGCAUGUCUAUUAACACAGCUGACUUUCUGUGUCAGUGCAUUGUACAUGUUCUCGGCAUUAGAUUUGUUUUUGGUUUUUUUGCUGGAUAUGUUUGGUUUUUUUUUUUGUUUGUUUCUUCAGAGGCAUCGUCUGACGAGGGUUUGUCGCGUACAGAGCCGCAGAUCACGUCCACAGCUCCGGCUGGACUUUUCUACUCUUUAUCGGGAAAAAAACUUGACUGAGAGACGAAGAAGAAGAAGAAAAAACAUGAGAAACUCCUGGAUUCUUUUGGUGGUCUUGUAUUAGACUGCAUUACUACAGUAUCUGGUGUGCAAUCUGUGAUAGCUGAAUGUUUCCUUGUAUAUUUGUGUUUCACUACAUCCUCCAAGAGAAAAAAAACCAGUAGAGUAACUUUCCCCCGUUACAGAAACAAAAUGUUACAAUAAUGCAAUAGAUCUGGUACUUAUUCUUUUUAAUUUCAUUUCAAUAAAUAAUUGCUGUUUACCACCAAAA